AUGCUACCUGAUUUAAAAGACUUUCAAGUUUGGUUUGUAACCGGUUCACAAAAUCUUUAUGGUACAUCCGUAUUGAAACAAGUCGAUGAACAUUCAUCACAGAUAGCUUCAGCAUUCGAUCAAGAUGAACAAAUGCCUGUAAGAGUUAUUUUUAAACCCGUUCUAAAGUCGGCAACAGAAAUUCUUGAAUUAUGUCAAACGGCAAAUGUGAAUAAAUCAUGUGUCGGUCUCAUACUUUGGAUGCAUACAUUUUCACCGGCAAAAAUGUGGAUAAACGGUUUAAAAAUUCUUCAAAAACCAUUCGUUCAUUUGCAUACACAAUUCAAUCGAGAUAUACCAUGGAAUACGAUUGAUAUGAGUUUUAUGAAUUUAAAUCAAAGUGCUCAUGGAGAUAGAGAAUUUGGACAUAUAUGUUCGCGUAUGAAAAUAAAUCGAAAAGUGAUUACCGGUCAUUGGGAAGAAAAACAAGUACGCGAACAAUUAAGUGUAUGGAUGCGUGCAGCAUGUGCUUGGGCGGAUUGGCAAGGUGCACGAUUUGUACGAUUUGGUGAUAAUAUGCGUGAUGUAUCUGUUACGGAAGGAGAUAAAGUUGACGCUGAAGUUAAAUUUGGCUAUUCAGUAAAUACUCACGGUAUUGGUGAUUUGGUAGCUGAAAUUGAACAAGUAAAUGAAAACGAUAUUGAUAAAUUAUGUCAAGAAUAUGAACAACAAUAUACAAUAGUUGAUGAAUUAAAAAAUGAAAAAAAGGCAUCAUUACGAGAAGCAGCUAAAAUUGAAAUUGGUCUUCGAAAAUUUCUUCAAGAUGGAAAUUAUAAAGGUUUUACUGAUACGUUUGAAGAUUUACAUGGUCUUAGACAAUUGCCAGGUAUUGCUGUACAAAGAUUAAUGAAAGAUGGUUAUGGUUUUGGUGCUGAAGGUGACUGGAAAACAGCAACUGUUGUUCGAGCUCUUAAAGUUAUGAGUGUUGGUUUAAACAAAGGUGGCUCUUCAUUUAUGGAAGAUUAUACAUAUCAUUUAGAAGAAAAUAAUGAAAUCGUACUUGGUGCACAUAUGCUCGAAAUAUGUGAAAGUAUUGCUUCAACAAAAAUCAGGCCAUCCUGUGGAAUUUAUCCAUUAAGUAUCGGUGGUAAAGAAGAUCCUGUAAGACUUGUAUUCGAUUCCGAUGCUAGUUCGGCUAUAAAUGUGUCGCUGAUCGAUAUGGGCAAUCGAUUUCGUUUACUGGUCAAUGAAGUUAAUGCUAUUGAACCAUUAUCUGCAUUACCGAAUCUGCCUGUAGCACGUGUUCUUUGGAAACCUAAACCAGACAUGAGAACAGCUUGUACUGCAUGGAUUCUAUCUGGUGGUGCACAUCAUACAUGUUAUAGUCAAGCUAUAACAUCGGAAUAUAUACGUGAUUUUGCUGAUAUCAUUGGUAAUAUUGAAUGUAUUGUCAUUGAUGAUGAAACAACAAUAAAUGGAUUAAAAAAUGAAUUGAAAUGGAAUGAUGUUUAUUAUUCUUUUAAUAGUAAAUGA